AUGGACGCAGCGGAGGCAGACUUCGAUGCCAAGCUCUACAAGGCCUCAGGAGACAUCAUUCCCGAACUGCAGUUCAAGCUGCCAUUGCUAAUAUGGCACGAGGGAGAUCGACAGAGACUACGGACGCAUGUACUGUAUACAAAGUGUGAAGAGUUGAGAAUCCUCCUUGACCGCUUUCAGGAAUGGCCACAAUUGCUCGACCCUGUCUUAGCCCCAAUGGUUCAAUGCGUCGUCGAUGCCUUUCUAUCCUACAUCACCACAGUCCCGGAGACAUACGGAUAUCAGCCGGAUGAGUCGAAAGCUCAAGUCAUUCCACUACCACUAGCCCUCAGUCGUCUGCUGUACACAUUCUGCAAGGUGCGAGGCUACAAGGUUAUCGUCCGUCUGCUAAGCAAUGAGCCGCGCUAUGUUGAGCCCAUGCUGUCAGCGUUCCGCCAAUGGGAGACUUUCCGGGCACGGUCUGCUUCGGUGAGCGCGGUAUGGGAGGAGAAGUAUAUUGUACUUCUGUGGCUCUCCCACCUCAUGCUCGCUCCCUUUGAGUUGUCGACUCUCUCUACUUUCAAUCGACCAGUUUUGUCCCAAGACUUGGGAGUAAUAUCACAGGGGCUGCCGGAUGUCGCAGUCGACGUCCUGUCUCUUGGCUUCCAGAAUGUCAGCAGUCCGAGCAAGGAGCGCGAGUCUGCGGUCAUCUUGCUAGUGAGACUGGCCCUGCGCCGUGACAUGCAGUCUCUCGGACUAGCUGAAAAGCUGGUAAAGCAUGCCGUAAAAAAGCUGACAGAGCCACCCGAGGAGAGAAGCGCUUCGGUCUAUCCUGCCAUUGGCCAGCUAUCUCUGUUGUAUGCCCUUAUGAAUCUGGGUACCGACUCUGAGGUGGCCCCAUUCCUAGCAACGGUCUUCCAAGCAAGUAAUCUUCUCGCAACCUCACCGCUGGAGCAUCACGCCAGUGUGCGAGGAUCUGCACCGGCAAGAAAGCUUCUCGCCAAAAUUACACGAGUCUGUCUGACUCAUGCAAUCGCACUAAAGAACAAUGUUCCUGACCUCAACGAUGACAGCGUUAACGCAAUGCUAGAGGAUGGAAUUCAGAAUUACCUUGACGCUUUGGGCGAUAUGGAUACUCCCGUGCGCAUGUCGGCGAGUAAAGCCCUGAGCAUUGUCGCUCUGAAGCUCAAUAACGACAUGGCAGCGGAGAUUGUGGAAGCAGUGUUGGCCAGCCUCUCGGAGAAUAUUUUGCUGGAGGACACAGCUACAACCCGCCUGAUAGCAAAGACGGAGCGUCCAGAGGAAGAUACAUCUGGUAUGAGGCGUAAUGUCAGUGCUGUUGAUCCUCUGAGAUGGCACGGGCUUAUGCUCACUCUUGGACACCUGCUCUUUCGUCGUUCACCGCCGCCCCAUCUCCUCGCGGACAUCAUCGAAGCACUGCUUUUGGGCCUCGAGUUUGAACAGCGAUCCAACGUCGGAACGUCCGUGGGUAAUGGUGUGCGCGAUGCCGCCUGCUUCGGCAUCUGGGCACUGUCCCGAAAAUAUGGAACACAGGAGCUGGAAACCAUCAAGAUUGGACACAUUGCGGGAACGGCUGUCGAUAUCUUUGAAGCAUCGCAGAGUGCUCUCCAGCUUAUAUCAGUCCGCUUGAUGCUAUCCGCGUGCUUCGAUCCCUCGAGCAAUAUCCGUCGUGGCUCAUCCGCUGCAUUGCAAGAACUAAUUGGCCGUCACCCUGACACCAUCAUCGAAGGCAUUCCAGUCGUUCAGGCCGUUGAUUAUCAGGCGGUCGCACGCAGAUCGAGGGCAAUGACCAGCGUCGCAAUAGAUGCAGCAGCUCUCGACAUGAUAUAUCAUGAAGCACUUCUACGAGCACUUCUGGACUGGCGAGGAGCAAAAGCAGCCGAUCCCGAUUCCCGGCGGUGGACCAGCAUCGCCAUGGCGAAACUGAACACCACAACCUCAGCUUCGCAGAAAGAAGGCCUCCUGAGGCAGAUGUUGAAGAGUCUCACAGCAUUGAAGCCCAGAAACCUUGGAGCUACCGCAGGAGCUCGGCACGGGCUCUUACUCAGUAUGGCUGCGAUCAUUGAUUCUGUGCCGGAUUUCGGCUCCCCUGACUAUCAGAGGGUGAAAGCAAUGCUCACGACUAUCCACCUAUCGAUCGUGACCGGCAACUUGGAAGGUCGCACUACGAACGACAUGGAGCUUGUGAUCGAAGCCAUCGGGAAAUUUAUUGACGCUCUAGCGCGCUCUGUGCUAUCUGAGCCGGUGAAUGCCGACUCUUCCCCCACCACACAGGAAAUGCUCGGUAUACUCAAUCACUGCAUCCUCGUGUGCAUCAAGCCGCAGACGGUGAAGACCUGUGCACCGGCCGUAUCCUCCUUGUUCGAAAAGCUCGCUACUGGCAACAGGAAGAGUCUGCUGAGCUCCUGGCUCGAGACGGAUACCCAAAAGAGGAGUGAGAUGGUCUGCAAAGGGCGUCUGACCUCGCUGGCGCAAGUCCAUUCGCUUGCUGAUAAUGUUCCGCGUGAGCAGAAGAGCAUCGUUGAGUUCUUUGUGGACGUCGUGGCUGGCAGCGACGCUAUCGAGACCAGAACAACAGCAAUGAACUGUCUGUCCACCUUGAUUGAGCGAUGUACGGUCAUGCAGUUUGAGAGCCUCGAUUUUCCAAUUCUCGGUAAAGCCUUGGUUGCCGGGCUCAAUGAUUACACGAACGACCAGAGAGGCGAUAUUGGUUCGCUGCUCCGACUUGCCAGCAUUGACGCCGUCGAGGUCCUUUGCAAUAGACCCGGCCAUCCAGCGCGUCUGCAGAUGCUUCAAAAGCUUAUUCCAUACAUUACCCGUCUUGCAGCAGAGAAGCUCAAUAAAGUAAGACAUCGAGCUUGGAGCUGUCUGCAGCUGGGCUGGUCCACACUCGGCCUGAAGCCAGAACUGGACGGCUCGUCCGCGCACCUGGCAGACAUCUCAAGUCUAGGCUACUUCCAAGCGCUUGUGCCGUUGCUGAAGAACGCCGACGUGCAGCGACAGCUCGUGCUCGGGUUAGCGUCUUCUGCGGCAGGUACCACGGAAGAGAUUGGUCGAUCCUGCUGCUCUGCUCUCGCUGCAUUUAUAAUGCAGCACUCGAAGGAAGCGCAACAGCGACUCUGCAGAGAAGUCUUCCUGUCCGUACUCGCAAUCCUGAAAGACGGUACUUCCAAGGCUGACCACGAGACGAUUCCAAUGCUCGACUUCCUGGCUUUCCUGAUUGAGCAGGACUUUAUUUCGCUCAAUGCGCUCCACGAUGGCGACGCGGGUAUGCUGUGGGAUGUUGUUCAGCAAGUCCAUACACCUACGGCGAGCAUGGAGCGGGUAGAAGCGUUGAUGAGGGUGUAUCGGGUGAUUCUAGUCUUCCCGCAGCUCCGGACCAAGGCGCUGGACAAGCUGACCCGGCAGCUUCUGCACCGGUACCCGAAAAUCCGCAAUGCGGCUGCUGAUUCUCUCUAUCUGGAGUCUAGUGAUAGUCAGUUGGUCAAGGCGGACUGGAAUGCGGCUGCCGCGACGAACAAGCCGGUGGUGCUGGAGCUGCGGAAGAGCUUUGGAGUUGCCAAACCGGCUCAGAAGGCCGUGGUGUCGUCGAAUUAG